AUGACAGAUCCAGCCGCUGCGUCGCAACCCGGCCCUGGGCCAUCCGUCAACGCGGCCCAGCCCGCGACCGAGACCCCAACGCCGAAAACCCUCCCUAUCCGCGAUUCGCAGAGCGCCAAGGGACCCGCACAACCGGAGCAACCCUCCUCCAAGGCCAAAGAUGCAACAAGCUCUUCCUCCGCCGGCGCCACUGCUGUUGCUAGCACAGAAGCGAGUAGUGAGCCCGCAGCCGACAAGCCGCUCACGCCGGCCGAGUUAAAGAAAAAGGCCAAGGCCGAGAAGGCUGCCCGGCGCGCGCGGGAGAAGGGCGAACGGGAUCAAGCCGGAGGUGGAGGUGGAGGUGCCGGCGCUGGGCCUGCUGCCCCCGGUGCGGCUUCCGGUGCUGGUCAGGCUCGUGCCCCCGCAACUCCGAAGAAGGAUGCUGCUGGAGGCGCCCCGCAGAAGGGGCAGAGAGGAGUGCCGCCGCCGCGCCGCGGGUCUGCUCCCGUUACCCAGGCCGGGGCUGUUACUGCGGUCGAGCAGAAGAAAAAGAAGGAGGAUAAGAAUGUUGCUGUCUUUGGUCACUUGUAUGGCCAGCAGCGCCGCACUACAGUCGCUGGCGCCGCUAAGGAGGUGCAUCCCGCGGUGCUUGCGCUGGGCUUGCAGAUGAGGGAUUAUGUGGUCUGUGGCAGCAGUGCCCGAUGCGUGGCGACGCUGCUUGCUUUUAAAAGAGUCGUCGAAUCCUACACAACACCCUUGGGCACCUCUUUGGCCCGUCACUUGACAACACACCUCUCGCAUCAAAUUACGUAUCUAUCGACAUGUCGACCUCUCUCAAUCAGCCAGGGUAAUGCUAUUCGAUCCCUAAAGCUGGCGAUUGCCUCAGUAGACCCCGCCACGCCGGAGUCGACCGCCAAGGCGACGCUAUGCGAUUUCAUCGACAGCUUCAUUCGCGAGAAGAUCACCGUGGCCGACCAGGUGAUUGCGGGCAGUGCAGCGCAAAAGAUCCAGGACGGCGACGUGAUUGUGACGUUUGCCGGCAGCUCGAUUGUGAAACAGACACUCCUGGCCGCUCACAAGGAAGGCAAGCGAUUCCGGGUAUCGAUUAUCGACUCGCGGCCACUGUUUGAAGGAAAGAACCUUGCGCGCGCGCUGGCCACCGCGGGGCUGGACGUACAGUACUCGCUGGUGCACGGCAUCAGUCACGCGAUCAAAGAUGCCACCAAGGUAUUCCUGGGCGCGCACGCCAUGACCAGCAAUGGGCGGCUGUACUCGCGCGUCGGCACCGCGCUGGUCGCCAUGUCGGCCAAGGAACGCGCCGGCGGCGUCGAAGUCCCCGUGAUCGUCUGCUGCGAGACCGUCAAGUUCACCGACCGCGUCGCCCUCGACAGCAUCGUCGUCAACGAGAUCGCCGAUGCCGACGAGCUGGUCUCCGCUCUGCCCCCGCACCAAAUUACCGGUCUGCCCGACCCGGCUGCUGCAUCUGCUGCGGCGUCGUCCGACCCCAAAAAGGGUGCCAACCGUGCCUCCAACGCUACCACUACCUCUGACUCUCUCAAAACCUCUCUCAAUACAUCCUCCUCGCCCCUUUCGAAUUGGAAGGAAACCCCCAACCUCCAGCUGCUGAACAUUAUGUACGAUGUUACCCCCGCCGAGUACGUGGACAUGGUGGUUACCGAGAUGGGCAGCUUGCCUCCCAGCGCGGUGCCGAUCGUACACCGGAUGAGCACGAAUAUGUGA